CCCAGACCGCUGCUUCUUCUUGAUCAACAGCUUUUUUUUGACUUUUUCGCCACAUAAAUAGGCACACUUUCUCUGAGCAUUUCCCCUCCAAGAAGUUCGCCUCUCUCCCUUUCCUCUUUCCCAUUUAUUUUCACAUAGAUUUUCACCAUAAAAACAAAAAUGGCUCCCUCCGCAGACAUCACCAGCUCUGGUCCCAGUGACGCCUCCAAGCCCCUCGCUGGCAAGGUUGCCCUGGUCACGGGUGCCGGCCGUGGCAUCGGACGUGGUAUCGCCAUCGAGCUGGGCCGUCGCGGCGCCUCGGUCGUUGUCAACUACGGUAGCAGCAGCAAGGCCGCCGAGGAGGUCGUCGCGGAGCUCAAGAAGCUCGGUGCCCAGGGAGUCGCCAUCCAGGCCGACAUCAGCAAGCCGUCCGAGGUGGUCGCCCUCUUCGACAAGGCCGUGUCGCACUUUGGCGGGCUCGACUUUGUCAUGUCCAACAGCGGCAUGGAGGUCUGGUGCGACGAGCUCGAGGUGACGCAGGAGCUGUUCGACAAGGUCUUCAACCUCAACACCAGGGGCCAAUUCUUUGUCGCCCAGCAGGGUCUCAAGCACUGCCGCCGCGGCGGCCGCAUCAUCCUGACGUCGUCCAUCGCCGCCGUCAUGACUGGCAUCCCCAACCACGCCCUGUACGCGGGCUCCAAGGCCGCUGUUGAGGGUUUCUGCCGUGCAUUUGCCGUCGACUGCGGCGCCAAGGGCGUCACCGUCAACUGCAUCGCCCCCGGCGGCGUCAAGACCGACAUGUUUGACGAGAACUCGUGGCACUACGCCCCGGGUGGCUACAAGGGCAUGCCCCAGGAGAAGAUCGACGAGGGUCUGGCAAACAUGAAUCCGCUCAAGAGGAUAGGAUACCCGGCCGACAUUGGUCGUGCCGUCUCGGCCCUUUGCCAGGAGGAGAGUGAAUGGAUCAACGGCCAAGUUAUCAAGUUGACCGGUGGUGGUAUCUAAGAUGUUAUUAUUGAUGAUUGUAUGUUAAGCAAAAAGGGGGGAUGAUGGGUCGACAUGAGCUAGU